AGGUUUUUCUUUUUCCCACAUAUUGCAUCGCAAUUCCAAACCCGUUCAAUCUGUUUUUUUUUGCCUUUUGAGUACGUAUAACGUUUCAUUUGAUUUCAAAGCCCAGCUUCUUCUAUAGUCUAGUCCGUAGAGGUAGAACGAAGUUUUGAUGGGAAAUAAGCUAAUAUAAAACGCCUCCGUCCUUCGUUCUCUUUCUUAAUCUAUUCACUGAUCCUCCCCUGUCGAGAAAACCGCUACUUCCUUUCUCUUGCCUUCUUCUCUUCCAAUCUUUUCCCUUCUCUAUAAGGAUCUCGGCCUCGGCUGUUAGUUUCAUGGGCAGGCUGUAGAAAUGACUUCUCCUUAUAGUACGGUUCCCCUCUUCUUGGCUCUCCUCUUGUACUCCCUUCUCCACCCGUAUCCCACCUCAGCUUCUCUCUUCAACUGGAGCAGCUCGGUGACGUCCCAUGGUUCUCCCCUCCCCGGCAUCGAAUUGCCGAGCUACCUCAGCUUCAACGCCGUCACCUCCUCCGAUAAAUCAAGCUGCGAUCACCCCCUCGAUGCCGCCGGCCAUGCUGAAGCGAAGGUCCAAUACCGCCCCGAUGACACCAUCUACGGCGACGAUGAAGGCGACGACGCCGCGCCGGCCUCGUCGACCUUGAAGCUCCACCUCAAGCACCGGCCUGGGAAGGUCCCCGGUGCCGCCGAGUGGACUGGAAAAGAAUAUCUGAUCAACUCCACCCGCAGAGAUCUUUCAAGAAUCCAGACGCUUCUCACGAGGAGGGCUGUAGAGAAGAAGAAGAACCGUAAAACCGUGUCUCGCCUUAGGACGACCGCCGGCAAGACCGAUCGCCGCUCGAUCACCUCCGAGUCGGAGGAAAAGGUGGCGGCUUCGGCGCCGCCGGAGCUCGCGGGGCGGCUGAUGGCCACCCUGGAAUCCGGCAUCACCCUCGGCUCCGGCGAGUACUUCAUAGACGUAUUCGUCGGCACGCCGCCGCGGCACUUCUCCCUGAUCCUCGACACGGGCAGCGACCUGAACUGGAUCCAAUGCCUGCCGUGCCACGACUGCUUCGAGCAGCACGGUCCCGUCUAUGACCCCACCGCCUCCUCCACCUACCGCAACGUCAGCUGCGGCGAUCCCCGCUGCGGCCUCGUCUCGCCGCCGUGGCCCCGCCGUUCCGGCGACCAAGCCUGCUCCUACUUCUACUGGUACGGCGACCACUCCAACACCACCGGCGACCUCGCCCUGGAGACGUUUACCGUCAACCUCACCACCGCGGACGGCGCCGGCACCGAGUUCCGCCGCGUGGACGGCGUCAUUUUCGGGUGCGGCCACUCGAACCGGGGUCUCUUCCACGGCGCCGCCGGCCUCCUGGGCCUCGGCCGCGGGCCCCUCUCCUUCUCCUCCCAGCUCCGCUCCCUCUACGGCCACACCUUCUCCUACUGCCUCGUCGACCGCAACAGCGACCUCAGCGUCUCCAGCAAGCUCAUCUUCGGCGAGGACCGCAACCUCCUCGGCCACCCCGAUCUCAACUAUACCUCCUUCGUCAACACCACCGGUAAGAAGGACGACCCGGCCGACACCUUCUACUACGUCCACGUAAAGGAGAUAGUCGUCGGCCGGGAGGUGCUGGAUAUCCCUCCAGAGACGUGGGAAUUGUCGCCGGAGGGGGCGGGCGGAACCAUCGUGGACUCCGGCACGACGCUGAGCUACUUCGCGAACCCGGCCUACCAAGCGAUCAAGGAGGCCUUCGUCAAGAAGGUGAACAAGUAUCCAUUGAUGGAGGACUUCCCCAUACUGAGUCCUUGCUACAAUGUGUCGGGCGUCGAGAAAGUGGAGCUGCCGGAGUUCGCAAUCCGGUUCGCGGACGGGGCGGUGUGGAACUUCCCGGUGGAGAAUUACUUCUUCCGGGUGGAGCCGGAGGAGAUCGUCUGCCUCGCCAUCCUCGGGACGCAGAACUCGUCGCUCUCGAUCCUGGGGAAUUAUCAGCAGCAGAAUUUCCACAUCAUGUAUGAUUUGAAGAAGUUCCGGCUGGGGUUUGCGCCGAUGAAGUGUGCUCAAGUGUAGCUUCUCUGCAUUAUUAGAUUGCAGAUAAACGAUUGAACAAUCCCCACAUUCGCUUUCUAAAGGUCUGCAGAUAGAUAGAUAUGAAAGGAUGAUUGGACUGAGAAUUUUGGGAUUUUGAGGGAGGUGAUGGGAAAUCUUUUUACCUCCCAAAGCAAAGGUAGCGCAAUACAUUACAAUCGUAUUCUUUUUCUUGUCUUUUUUUCUGAUAAAUGUAAGAGAGAAAAUUCAAGACUUGUAUUCUCUUUCUCCGAGUUUCUUCUAUAUCUGGCUUUAUUGGCUGUGUCUAAAAUUGCUGAUAAAUUCACAACCAUUUGAAAUGAGCUAGUUAUUCAGAAUUUCAUCUGUUCAUCUUGUCGUUUGUGAUUCCUAAGCUGAUCCUUCUGGUAUUA